UUUCUUCUUGUUCUGUAUAUAUUGUUUUUGUUUUAUUGUGUUCUAUUGUUCAAUCUAUGCACUUUUCCCCCAAUUCAAUUUUUGAAGAGGUCGAACCCGAAAUAUGUAAAGCUGUGUAAGGGUGGUUAAGGUUUAGGAUGCUGUGUAUAUUUUUUUCGAUUUAUGGAGUCGUUGUGUUGAAAUAAUCGAGUCAGGAUGUUGAAUCGUGCUCUGCUGAGGCUUUGAAUGUUCAGAAUAAAUAGAGGCUAAAUUCUGUGUUCUUUAACUAAGCAUGUCAUCUUCCUACACGAAGGGCUGCUCUUGCUCUUGGGAGUUCUCUUUCCCUGCUUUCAAGCAGUCGUGUCAGUCUUGCAAGUGGGGAAAAUGUAUGAUAGCUGGAAGUCUGGAACGUGGGAGUAGAGAGCUUUGCUAACAAACCCAAGUCGCAAAUCAACAUAGAUAAAGUUCACACCAAACCCAAUUCCCAUAACAUUCGCCUUUACUCUCUAGAGUUUCCUUAACUCUAAUAAUCGUAAUUGAGCUUUUCACACUCUAAUAUCAAAUCCCUUGUUUCUUCCCCAUGUAUAGGAAUUAAAUUUAUCAAGAAAUGUGGAAAAAGUACUGUUUCUAAGAUUUCUCAGUAAUGUACAGAUCUGUACAGCUCUUGGUCUUUGAAGGUUAGUUUUGGAAUGGUGAUUUUGACAUUGUGGGAUUGCUGUACUUUUGCUGAUCUCUAGAUUGAUAAUUUUAUGUAUUUAUGGGGAUUUUUUGUCAAAGAUGGGAGCUUUAGUUUUGGUUGUUUGUGAACAUUUCUUAUGAGCUGUACAUGGAUUAAUUUGUUGUUGGGCCAAUAUGCCACUGGAGCUCUUGAGGGAUGUGUUGAUGCAGAUUAAGGAGUUCGAGUGUACAUGGCCCCCAAGAAAGAAUGUGGUUGCUUGUGCUGGUGUUUGUAGGAGCUGGAGAGAGAUCAUGAAGGAAAUUGUCAGAAACCUUGAGGUCUCUAGCAAAUUAACUUUCCCCAGUUCCCUGAAGCAGGAUACAUCGGAAAGUUUGAGGACGUCGAUUAUCACCGAUCUGGAAAAAAUGUGUUUGAACAAAUGUGAAAUCAUCAAACCUCAUUUUGAUAUUGGUAUCCAGGAAAUUGAGGGAUGGACUGCAAGUUUGCUUUCGUCUAGGCAGUUUGGAUACAUUCUACUGAUUAUAUCUACUGACGUCAUGGACCAUGAUGAUGUUAGGAGAAAGAAUGUUGGUCAAAAAGUGCAAUCUCUAUGCACAUUAGUUUCUAAUAUGUCCACCUUACAACGAUUAAUCCUGGGGUCUACGAUCCAGUCUCUCUUUACGCAGACCAGGUAAAUCGUGGGUUGUGUCCCAAACUGGCCAGGGUCCAAAAGCCCCUCCAACUGAUCUGUCAAAGUGUUGAGCAAGUCAAACUCAUGUAUGCGCCUUGCCUUCCGAGGAACUCCUGUCUUUCAGGAAAUAUCCUGCCUUCCAGGAAAAAGACUUGCCUUCCAAGAGCCCAAUGAAUCGAACCUGCGAUUUCUGAACUGCCCGUCUUGAAGAAUUUUAAAAGGUGAUUCUUAUAAACUAUUCAAACAACUUGUAUAUGUAGCACAGUAACAAUUAGAAACAAAAUAUAAACCUCUUUUUAAUACCAGUCAGGCAGUCACCAACGUAUGACAACCAUUCAUUUUCAUUAA